UGCCACUCUUGAGCAAGUGUGUGAUAAGUUGCCUCCCCAAAUCUCUCAAAUCUGCCACACUGAGGUGGAAAAGAUGCUUCCUCUGGCCAUCACCUUCAUUUCCAGCAUGAUGCAACCCAGUGACAUCUGUGCUUUUCUUGGAAUGUGUGGAGGACGGGACAGUACCAAGAUUAGAAAUCUGUUGCUUAAGCACAUGUCAAAAACUGUACCAGUGACAACUAUGAAGAUAGAGACGUCCAUUCAGUGCUCUGUUUGCACAUACGUUGUGAGCACACUUGAGUAUCUGUUUCCCAGAGAGAGGACUCAGAGCAUCAUAACUGCACUGCUGGAGAGUUUGUGCAGUGAGUUUCCUUCUCUGUUUCAGCCACAGUGCAAUAAGAUGGUUGAAAAAUACGUCCAACUGUUGGUUGACAUGCUACUGAAUAACACUUCUCCUAACUUCAUAUGCACUCUGCUUCGUUUUUGUGAAAUAUGGGAGCAUCCUGUCAAUGCAGCUGUGGCACUUUCUGAUUGUGAUUCUUGCCUUACAUUGGCGGUUCUGACUCAUGUUCAUCUGGGCCCCAAUGCCACCGAGCACCAGGCUGCUUCAUUCCUGGACACCGUCUGCCAGCUGCACCCCAGUGCUAUGCCAAAGUGUGAGACUUACGUGCAGCGUCAUGGGAACCAGCUCCGUGUGCUUCUGAGCAAACAGCAGGCGGCGCUGGACAUUUGUAAGAUGGCAAAUUUGUGUGUUUCUGGUGAGAGGAAGCCUGUCAUUGCUGCUGCCCCCUGUAGCCUUGGACCAAUGUACAGCUGCAGAGACCUCCAGACUGCUGUCGACUGUGGG